AUGCCUGGUUUCAGAGCCCAUUUCCCAACUCCCCCUACAGGACAAGAUAUGCCUGUCAACAUGGACAUUCAUUCCAUCCUCCCCAUGCAUCUGUUUGCAUUGAUUGUUGUUUCGGUAUUCGCAUACGUCAUUGGCAGUGUCGUAUAUCAACUGCACUUCUCACCAUUGUCCAGGUUUCCUGGCCCAAAGAUUGCCGCAGUGACAUACCUCUAUGAGUUUUAUUAUGAUGCCAUCCUCAAGGGUCGAUACAUCUUCAAAAUCAAGGAGCUGCAUGAGAAAUAUGGUACGUUUAUCGACAAGGAAUAUACCCGCCCUCGAGAACUUCAUAUCAAUGAUCCGCACUUCUACAAUGUUCUCUACUCACACAGCAAUCCCCGAGACAAGGAAUAUUAUUACCUGAAGCCCUUUGACUUUCCUCUUUCGUCCUUUGGCACGGAGAGCCAUCAGCUUCAUCGCUUGAGGCGGGGUGCCAUGAACCCCUUUUUUGCAAGAGGCCGGGUUCUCCAGCAGGAGAGCCUAAUCCAAGGCCUUGUGAAAAAGUUAUGCAGCCGGAUCGAGAACUUUGGUGCAGGUGGCGGUACUGUGCCGCUGUCACUCGGUUAUACCUGUCUGACCACAGAUCUGAUCACCACGUUCACUAUGGACAGAUGUUACGGUUAUCUUGAAGCUCCAGACUGGUACCCCAACUGGGGCCAGGUGCUUAGAGACGCAUCCGAGAUGUCAGUGGUUUCAAGACAGCUGACUUGGGUGCUGUCGUUGCUGAAGAUGCUCCCAAAAUCCCUCACAAUGUCCCUGAAUCCUGGCCUCAAACUGUUCUAUACGUUGGCAGAACGUUGUAGGGAAAGGAUAGACGAGGUCCAGUACGAACGUCAGAGGGAACAGAAGGGCUCUGAAGAAACUGUUGGGCGCAAAAAGACCGUAUUCGACCAGAUAUUCGACUCCCGGCUCAGCGGCGAGGAGAAACGUCCGGCAAGGUUGACCCAAGAAGUCCGUUCCAUCAUUGGCGCAGGAACAGAGACAACCUCAAAUUGCCUGUCCGUUAUCUCCUUCCAUCUCUUGCGGAAUCCAGAGAAGCUUCGGAGGCUCAGGGAAGAGCUUCGGGAGGCUGAACCUGACCCGACCGCUGAAAUCAGGCUGUGCCAGCUUGAGAGUCUCCCGUACCUGUCUUCGGUUGUCCUCGAAGGUUUAAGGCUCUCAUAUGGUGUCAGCACUCGCCUGCAACGAAAAUCGCCCCGAGACGUUAUUGAAUAUGGCAAAUACGCUAUCCCGCCGGGGACACCGGUGGGGAUGUCUUCCGUGAUCAUGCAUCAUAGCGAAGAAAUAUUCCCCGACUCGUAUAACUUCGUCCCCGAACGGUGGCUUGACCUUCAAGAGCGGAAAUAUCUGGAAAAGUAUAUGGUCUCCUUUAGCUCCGGAUCUAGGAGAUGUCUUGGGAUGAAUCUUGCAAAGGCAGAAAUAUUCAUUGCUGCCAGCACGAUAUUCCGACGAUUUGACUUUGAAAUGUGUGACACCACACUGGAUGAUAUCCAAAUCCACCACGACCUAUUCAUUCCCCGGCCGAAGAACCUGAAGACCAUUGGUGUCCAGGCAAGGUUAAAGGGUAAGCUAGUGGCCAGCAAGAUUAGUGAGAAAUGA